AUGGAUACGAAUGAAACGCGGUCUCCUGCGCUCAUCGAUUUAUUUGACUCGAGAGUUUUUGCGCAUGAACUCCUGGCUCCGUGGAAUCUCUCUCAACUUCCUGCGGACAACUACACGCUGCCUGAGUUGGAGGACAGCUUGGAUGUCAACACGGAUAUCUACUCCAAAGUCCUGGUCACUGCGAUCUACAUCGCGUUGUUUGUGGUAGGCUGCUUGGGGAACUCGGUCACGCUGUACACUUUGUUCAGAAAGAAAUCUCUCCAGAACUUGCAGAGCACCGUGCAUUACCACCUGGCUAGCCUCGCGCUGUCGGACCUUCUCAUCCUCGUGCUCUGCAUGCCCAUCGAGCUCUACAACUUUAUCUGGGUCCACCAUCCGUGGGCGUUCGGUGGCGCCGUCUGCAAAGGUUACUACUUUUUGCGGGAUGGCUGCUCCUACGCCACGGCGUUCAACAUCGCCAGCCUCAGCGCCGAGCGCUACAUGGCUAUCUGCCACCCGUUCAAGGCGAAGAGCAUCAUGUCUCGCAGUCGGACCAAGAAGCUGAUCAGCGCACUCUGGGCGGCGUCCUUCCUCUUGGCCACGCCAAUGCUGUUUAUGAUGGGGCUACGUCACGUGGGAGAGGAGAGUAUCUGCACCACGACCGCGACCACCCUGACCGCCAAGACCGUGUUUCAGGUGAACGCCAUCCUGUCGUUUGCGGUGCCCAUGGCGAUAAUCACCGCGCUCAACGGCAUCAUCAGCCGGCAGCUGCUGCGCAUGUUCCGCCAGGCCGCCCAGGACUGCAACCUCUGCGUCGCCCGUGGCAACGUGGCCGCGCUCAGCGUCGCCGUGGAGACCAACCGGGUGCGAUCGCUGCGCCACGGGGUCAACGUCCUGCGGGCCGUGGUCCUGGCCUUCGUGGUGUGCUGGCUGCCGUAUCACGCCCGGCGGCUGAUGUACUGCUUCGUGACAGAGUGGACGGAUGGCCUCUACGACUUCUACCACUACUUCUACAUGGUGACCAACGUGCUGUUCUAUGUCAGUUCUGCCAUAAACCCUGUCCUCUACAAUCUGGUCUCCGCCAACUACCGACAGAUCUUCUUCUCUACACUCCACUACUGCUGCCUGCCAUGUUGCUGGGGGAACCGUCACCAGGAGCAUCUGCAGCAGCAGCGCCACCCGCUGGCCAGGCAACGCCACAGCACCUCCAGCUGCCACACGCUCUCCACCAACAACGUCAAGGAGACGAUGUACUGACCUGGCUCCUUCCAAUCACUUAGUUCUACCUCCUUGCUUCCUUCCCUCACUCCUAGUUCAACCCAGUUGGAGGAGGCAAGGAAAAGAAGCAAGGAAAAUGUAUGGAGGAGGGAGGAACCCAGGAAACAUUUAUUUAGGCAAAUCGUUUUUCAAGCAGAUGGGGAGAUCAACAGGUUGAUCGUUCACAGUAUACGUCACACGCUCCGAAAAGCUACUUCUGCAAAGGACGUGCUUGUGUUUCCUUGCUCAAGAAUCCUUCAGGUGCCUCCGGCCCACCUGCACCUUCAAGGAGCAUUUACCCAUUUAGAUUGUCCUUAAAGAUGGCAGGCUUUGACUGAUUUCCAGGUCAGUCGAGGACCAAGGAGACAUGGGAGGAUAAAAUAAGUGGUUGGAAUCAGCCCAAGCUCUCUCUGUCUCCCUGUCUUUUGGUCUCUCACCAAUCCAUCCGCGCUUGCCUGCUCAUUGAUCCAAGCUUGGCCCAGCUUCACAAACUGGGCAGUCAGGCCCAAAAUGUUUCAGGAAACAAUGCAAAGUCAACGGAUUGAGAAUGAUUGAGAACGCGAAGCAGCUAAUGGAAUCAAUUCAUUUUCCCCAUUCUGGACCAGAAUGCAAUGUAGCAAAUGGAAUCAAUUCAUUUUCCCCGUUCUGGACCAGAAUGCAAUGCAGUUAAUGGAAUCCAUUCAUUUUCCAUUUUUGGGCCACAAUACAAAGCAGGAAAUGGAAUCCAUUCGUUUUCUAUUCUGGUCCAGAAUACAAAGCAGCCGACAGAAUAUUUCAAUCAGAAGAAGGCCAAGAUGUAGGCCAAGCCCUGGCCAUAGAGUGCAUAUAUACUCAUUAGAGAAGGAAGGGACUGAGCAAAGGCAGCAUGCAAGCGUCACACUCUGCUGCAGUCCCACUCCAUGCGGCUGCCUCA